GUAGACGAGAGAUUCCUCACCACGCAGCUGUAAACCAACAGAGGCGGAACUCGUCCAAUGCGCACAAAUCACAGAGCAGUACGUCGCACGACGCACUGGAGUGCCACCGCCACUAGUAGGCCUACCGUCUGCCUGUGGAAAAAAAGCGAAAAGGGCUGGGCUUAGAGAGGAAUCAAACCACAACCUGGGCUGCGCCUCCAUCACAAACCAGUUUGGAAGAACGUUUGUUCUAGAGGAGAGUCUAGUGCCUAACAAGUCACCAACUGUGGCUCAAAACACGGAUUUCUCUGCGCGCUCAACGUUAAGGAGGCAGCCUCAGAGUUUUGUUUUGAAGUCCAUCUUGAGGUGCUAAGGCUAAUAUAAUUUUCUGCAACAAAUCGCGUUUGUUGUUCUGUAUUUGUGCUGUAUUUGUUUUGUUUUGGUGUGCGCAAUGAUGGCCACUUACCAAAACCCAGAGGAUGACGCAAUGGCCCUGAUGGUCCACGACACCAACAUGGCGAAGGAUAAGGAGCGACCCAAAGAGGAACCGGUCCAGGAAAAAGUUUCGGAGAAAACGGACCCGUCUCAAAAACCACCGUAUUCGUAUGUGGCUCUCAUUGCCAUGGCCAUCCGGGAGAGCACUGAAAAGCGCCUCACUUUGUCUGGUAUUUACCAGUAUAUCAUCACCAAAUUCCCUUUCUACGAGAAAAACAAGAAAGGCUGGCAAAACAGUAUCCGGCACAACUUGAGUCUGAAUGAAUGCUUCAUCAAGGUUCCUCGCGAGGGAGGCGGCGAGAGAAAGGGGAAUUACUGGACCCUUGACCCGGCGUGCGAGGACAUGUUCGAGAAGGGAAACUACAGAAGGAGACGUAGAAUGAAACGUCCCUUCAGACCUCCACCGACCCAUUUCCAGCCCGGGAAAUCCCUCUUCGGCGGUGAUGGGUACGGCUACCUGUCCCCUCCAAAGUACCUGCAAUCCAGCUUCAUGAACAACUCAUGGUCGCUGGGCCAGCCGCCCACCCCGAUGUCCUACACCUCCUGUCAGAUGGCCAGUGGCAACGUGAGUCCCGUCAAUGUGAAAGGACUGUCCGCUCCCUCCUCAUACAACCCGUACUCCCGGGUGCAAAGCAUGGGUCUCCCCAGCAUGGUGAACUCUUAUAAUGGCAUGAGCCAUCACCACCACCCACACGCUCACCAUGCCCAGCAGCUGAGCCCCGCGACCGUUGCGCCGCCCCCGGUAUCCUCCAGCAACGGAGCGGGCCUGCAGUUCGCCUGCUCCCGCCAGCCUACCGAGCUCUCCAUGAUGCACUGUUCGUAUUGGGAUCACGAGAGCAAACACUCUGCGUUACACACGAGGAUUGACAUUUAGAGUUUACGAGAGGGCCACUUGUAAAAUGGACUCUCGUGCGAGAAAGACAAUAAGUCUAUUCCUGUGUAUUCAAACCAGAAAAAAAAGUAUUUUUGAAGAGACAAUACUAUGACGGGCUCUUUUGAUCCAAAUAAUGUACUGAAAAUUCAUAUGGAAAGAUAUACAAGUGGGGAUGCUGAGAGGAUUUUCAAAAACUGGAAAUGGUGAUAUUAAGAGGUCUCGACUAGGCACGAGGUAAAGCAGAACUUUUGGGGGCCAUUUCGUGCGCCCACUGUUGCCUUGGACUGAAGGCAACCGUGUGUUAUAAACACUGUUGUAUGUUAGAAACAUUUGUCAAAUCAGACCAGUUCCCUAUUCACGGGGAUACAUAUUCAAAAUACAAUUAAUUGAAAACAAAAUACACAAAACCCUCCCCCUGUCUUGGAAUUUAAAACAUCACCCGAAUGAGUGAUCAUUUAAUUAGAACUAUGUAUUUGAACCAGUAUCGUGAACUGAGCCAACUCCAGCAAGAUCAGGUGAAAAUUUGAUUAUUUAGCCUGUCUUUAUUUUUUUAUAUAUAUUUUUCCGUUUCACAGUACUUAAUCGGAGUGCAGGUGGAAGAGAGAGAGAGAGAGAGAGAGAGAGAGAGAGAGCACCGUCAGAAUGAGCAAUACCAAAGAUGUGUUUGUUACCUCUGGGGUCAUUGACUUUGUAGGCUUCGUGACCUCUGAUAGAGAUGGUUUAGUUUCCGAUAACAUUCAGUCCAGUGGCAGAUUUUUUUUACCUUUCUUGUUUUUUAUAAACGUAAUUAUUUUUGUCUCAUUCAUGUUGGGACCAUGUUAAAUUAGCACUUUUCCCUCUUUUUCUAGUUUUGUGAAUGUCUUAAUAAACUUUUUUUCAAAGUAAAACAUUGGUCAUUAAUUAAUCCUUAUUUGUGCGAAAACUGUAUUAUAUAAACGUAUUAGGCUUGCAAUGUAGUCUUAGAGCUAUAUAGUCCACAGAUGAAGUUAACUGGAAUUCUGUCCGUGAAUGUUCUUCACUUAGGCCUAAACCCGAGUGUGUAUUUUUAGUCUUGAAAAUGCUUAAUGUUAAAUUGCACUUAUUUUAAAAACAUUGACAUGUAAAAUCUCGAAAUAUCUAGCAGAUGCGUAAUAAGGCCUAAUCAUUUUGUACAAUAUAGCUACAUUUCAGGGAGUUGGUUGGAUAUUUCAGUUUUAUACACUAAAUAUAUAUUAUUCCUUUCGAAAGUAGUUUUGGGAAAUGCCAUUUCAUUAUAAACCAUUAGAGCUGUUGAGCUAUUAGACCUUAAUGGAAUGAAAACACAGCAUGGCCUACUCUGGGGACUUGCAUGCAUUACAAAAUGAAACAUUGAACUUUUGGCUUAUCUGAACAGUCUACAUUCAUUAUUAGAGUUAACAAAUACGUCUAUGGCAUCUCAUUUGUUAGCAGAGUGCAAUAAUGGAAGAGAGAAAAACAAGAAAAAGCCGUGAGUGUUUAGGAAUACGUUGUGAACUUUUUAGAGUUUUUUUUGGCAGGCGUUGCUCGGAGGCCGAAUGCUUAGGAGAAACAGAUGCUGCAGAAGUUAAGGGUCGUCAUCAAAGUCAUUCCAUUUAAUCAUUAUCCCGAUAUGAUGUAGGCUAACUAACCUACAUUAUGUGUUUAAGCUAAUUGUGGCUUCAGCUCCAUGAGCUUUUCUACGGAGCAUUAGGAGUUUUUUUCUGUGUGUUUACCAACUGCACAUGCAUAAUUGCGCAUUGGCACUUGAUUAUUACUAUUGUAUUAUUAUUACUAUUAUACAUUAUUAUUAUUAUUAUUAUUAUUAUGGCCUGUUAUUAUCAUUCACAAUAAGGUGAAUUUGGUGAACCAAGGAGUUUAGCCAUGGAUGGCUUCAAAAUCAAUUUGCCAUCCACCCAAAACGUUCGGUUACACUAUGGAGCUGACCUUUAACCUUUACUGCAUGAUUCUUAUCUAAAGAUUGACGUGUCUGACGUGUCUUACACCUUACUUGGCCAUCAGUUGGGUUGUCCAGAUAUUCGAAAAAAUGUGCCUAAGGCAUUUUUGGCCAAAUCAUUUCAACUUGAAUAGCCUAGACCUUUAUGGGCCUACCUGUAUGAAAUCUAGCAAUGAAAUCAAUAUUUGUAUUCAUUUUAGCGACAAUUUGUAUUCAUUUUAGCGACAAUUUGCUUACAUAUGCGCUAAGAGAAGUGACGUGCGAGUUGGCUGAGUUGAGCGUAAAGUAAUAGGUGACACAAUACUGUUUUCCUGCAUAUUUUGCUAAACGAAUCAUCAAAACUAAGAUCAAACGUAGGUCUAUAGGCAAUAUGUCGUGUCAUUAACGUUAAAAACCUACAGGCUACAAAACAAUAGCAUCCACCUAUAGGUUUAAACGAUGUUUCAUGUUGAUGCCUAAAUUGCUAUAGUCUAUCAGAGAAGGAUGUUAUAGCUUUACACACGUCUUUACACACGUCUUUCGGCUGAAUUCGAUGUACGUGCAUUUUCCAGUGAGGCCCAAGAGAGCCGUUCCGACCCCGGGGUAGUGACGCUCUUGAUAAGAAAGACGUGGUGACGAGUGAAACGCUUUCAAUACACGUCUAUUUUCAACCCUCUUCCACCUAUUAUCACUUUAACAACACUCAGGUUCACACACACACAGCUAUCGGGUGACUAUUGUAUGGUUUAAAACGUUUUACAAUGACAAUUAUUUAGAAAGAUUCAUAAUUUCAUAAUUGGAUUUGAAUUGUAUUGAUUAUUAUGAAUAUAAUUCAUGUCACUAUUGCAGCGCUGAAACCAAUACUUUUUCAACAGUUCUGCCAAUAUUUUACGAUAGGCUGCUGAUAGCACAUUAGCAGAACCUUUUGAUUGAUCCUAGGUUGUCUCAUAUGGGGUCAUAAUCUGGGUCAUGCAUUAGGCUCUUCUGAAUGGGAUGUCCACCCUCAGUGAAUUCGAGCCUUAUUUUAGACUGACCAGAUCAUUAUGUGACUGUAGACAGCAAUCAUGCAACAGUAUAUCAUUCACCUUGAUCCACCCUCCGCUCCAAAGCAACGUCCUCGGCACAUUCGCAGCGUCGUUCAUGACAUGCAUAUUAUACAUGAACAUUUAACAUUUACAUUUUAUACAUUAACUAUAGGUGAGAAAUGGAGUUGAGGUGAGUCCUGCAGUGUUGUCAGGAGUUUAAAUAGGAAAUAUUUUUUUUGUGGAUUAAUCCCAAAAUAAUGAUUAUCGUUUACUAAACUAAAUUGGCUAGUCACUUUGGCAAUAUGUGGAUUAUUCAGUUAAAUUCAAGAAAAUGCAAUUGUAUUUAAUUCCUAGCAUUUAAAAAAACAUGAUUUUUAUACGUACAAGUUAACACAAGUUGCCAUUCAUAUAUUAUAAGCCAAUACUUGUUUGCUUUAUAUAUUUGCAUUGAUGCAAAAGUGUCGCGCACAGAGGAUAUUGCGAGCCUUUCCUUAAUUCGCUAUUCAUUGUGCGGGCACGGUGAGCCACGAAAAUAACACCUGUCGUUUGUGUACUUGGAGAAUAUGAUUACGAUGAAAAUGUAACGCAUGACCUAUUGACCUACAGUAUAUAUUUUCCCGUUAUAGUCUAUGCCUUGAAGUCUAUGCCAUGUAUAUAAAGCCGUUUUAUCCUA